GCUGACGACAAUAACAAACAUCGGCGGCGGCGGCUGCGCCAAGAUUCCUCGUCCUCGCGCUCCGCGGCCGGCCCCGCGCUGCCUUCCUUCUCCGCCUGCCGGCCGAUCCGCCGCCUCCUUCCUUCCUUCCCUGCCGGGCGCGGUGGCCGCUGAGGCGGCGCGUGCCCCCGCGAAGCCGCCGGGCCCGGCCGCACGGCGGGGGGCGGCAGACGCGCCGCCGCAGGAUGUGCGGCGCCGCCGCGGGACCCUCGGAUCUUUACUGGCUUUGAACAGCCAUGCUACUCCGUUGCCAAAAAUCAAGUGAAUGUAUGCAUUUACUCUCUUGAAUUUGAAAAAGGUAGUAGCUUUUUAUAGUGCCUGAAGUUUCUAAAUGGUUUUAGCAGUGGAAGCUAUAAACUUCAGAAACCUAAGGAAAUCAUCAUGAAGCUAUAUGUAUUUCUGGUGAACACUGGAACUACCCUUACCUUUGAUACAGAACUUGCUGUACAAAAUGUGGCUGAUCUGAAACAUGCAAUUCAAACAAAGUAUAAGAUUGCCAUCCAGCAUCAAGUACUGGUUGUCAAUGGAGGAGAGUGCAUGGCACCAGACAGAAGAGUAUGUAGUUACAGUGCUGGAACCGAUACCAACCCAAUUUUUUUAUUCAACAAAGAAAUGAUUUUAUGUGAACGUCCACCAGCUAUCCCCAAAACGACGUUUUCAGCAGAGAAUGAGAUGGAAUUGAAAGUAGAAGAAUCUCUCAUGAUGCCUGCAGUUUUUCAUACAGUAGCAUCACGGACACAACUUGCUGUGGAAAUGUAUGAGGUUGCCAAGAAACUUUGCUCCUUUUGUGAAGGUCUUGUACAUGACGAACAUCUUCAGCACCAAGGCUGGGCUGCUAUAAUGGCCAACUUGGAAGACUGUACAUGCUCUUACCAAAAGCUACUUUUCAAGUUUGAAAAUGUAUAUUCAAGCUAUUUGCAGUCCAUAGAUGAUAUCAAGUUGAAACUUACACACUUGGGUUCUGCUGUUUCUGUCAUGGCCAAGAUACCGCUGCUGGAGUGCCUAACGAGACACAGUUACAGAGAGUGUUUAGGAAGAUUGGAUUCUUCGGCUGAUCAUGGGGGGGCAGAAAGUGAAGAAACUGAGGAUGGGAAAUCUCCUGAAUUGGUGCUUUAUUCUGAUAUAUCUAAAGUGAACAAUAAAUCAAUGUUAGCCUCAUUUUGCAAGUCAGUUGAACAUUCGGCUUUGGAAGGCAAAGAUCCUGAAAAUGUAAAAGAUAAUAAGGAAUCUGGUCAAAGUGCAACUGUCCAGGACAUUGAAACAUCAGUAGAACUGAAAGAUGAUGAUCAGCCUUCCUUCAACGUGUCUUUGUUAGACUGGAUAAAUGUUCAAGAUAGACCUAAUGAUGUUGAAUCGCUGGUCAGAAAAUGUUUUGAUUCUAUGAGCAGGCUUGAUCCAAGGAUCAUCCAACCCUUUCUGGCUGAAUGUCGCCAAACCAUCGCCAAACUAGAUAAUCAGAACAUGAAGGCUAUUAAAGGCCUUGAGGAUAGGCUCUAUGCAUUGGAUCAGAUGAUAGCAAGCUGCAGCAGACUAGUGAAUGAACAAAAAGAACUUGCUCAGGGAUUUUUGGCUAAUCAGAAGAGAGCUGAGAACUUGAAAGAUCCUUCUGUGCUACCUGAUUUGUGUUUGAGUCAUGCAAAUCAGCUGAUGAUUAUGUUAACAAAUCACAGAAAACUGUUAGACAUUAAACAGAAAUGUACCACUGCCAAACAGGAGCUUGCAAAUAAUCUACAAGUUAGAUUGAAGUGGUGUUGUUUUGUAAUGCUUCAUGCUGACCAAGAUGGAGAGAAACUACAAGCAUUACUUCGCCUUGUAACAGAGCUCCUAGAAAGGGUCAAGGUUGUAGAGGCUCUCAGUACCGUUCCUCAAAUGUACUGUCUAGCUGUUGUUGAGGUUGUGAGGAGAAAAAUGUUCAUAAAACACUACAGGGAGUGGGCAGGUGCUUUAAUAAAAGAUGGGAAACAUCUGUAUGAAGCUGAAAAGGCAAAAAGGGAAUCUUUUGGUAAACUCUUCAGGAAGUCUUUUCUAAGGAAUCGUUUGUUUAGAGGACUUGACUCCUGGCCGCCAUCCUUUUGUACGCGAAAGCCUCGCAAAUUUGACAGUGAGCUUCCAGAUAUCUCUUUAAGUGACUUGCAGUUUUUGCAAUCUUUUUGUCCUUCAGAAGUACAGCCAUUACUCAGGGUUCCCAUACUUUGUGACUUUGAACCUCUUCACCAGCAUGUACGUGCUCUACAUAACCUGGUAAAGGCAGCACAGAGUUUGGAUGAAAUGUCACAAACCAUUACAGACCUGCUGAAUGAACAAAAGGCCUCCAAUAGUCAAGCAUCGCCACAAGCUGCUACCACGCCAAGGAUGGAAAGUACAACAGGAACUGCAAUUGCUACCUCUUCAAGAACUCCUCCAUCACUCAGUCUUCAGGGUCCCCUGUGUCCUCCUGUGUGUCCCCCAGCUCCAUUAGAAGAAUUGUCUCCAGACAGCAUUGAUGCUCAUACAUUUGAUUUUGAAACUAUUGCUCAUCCUAACUUGGAGCAAGCUCUUAAGCAAGGAUCAUUGGACUUGGAUUCAUUAGCAGAAAGUCCAGAGUCUGACUUUAUGUCAGCAGUAAAUGAAUUUGUAAUAGAAGAAAAUCCAAUAUCUCCUAACGUAAUAAGUGAUCCACAGAGUCCAGAAAUGAUGGUGGAAUCCCUUUAUUCUUCAGUUAUCAAUGCAAUAGACAGUAGACGUAUGCAAGAUACAAGUUCUUGUGUAAAGGACGUUUCAGUAGAAAAUGCAUCACUCAACGUUUGUGUGGAGAAGUGUAAGAUUAUUGCUCAAGACUCAAAGGUACAUUUAAGAGGUAUAAAAGAAGAUCUUUGCCACUUUAGAACACUUGUACAAAGAGAACAGUGUGACUUUUCUAAUUCUUUAAAAUGCACUUCUCUAGAAAUAAUAAAUACUAUUGAGAAGGUAAAACUUUCACUUGAAGAAACACUAAAAGAUAAACACCAAAAGGAAUUACAGUCUUUGAAAAGUGAAUAUGAAACUAAAAUUAGUAAGUUAUUGGAAGAUGGUGAAGAAAGUAAAAAGAAAAUUAAAAAGCUAAAAGGUGACUUACUAGGCCUUGAGGAAGUUCUUCAGAAUAAGAAUGAUGAAUUUGCAAUGGUGAAAAAUGAGAAAGAAGCUGUAGUUUGCCUUCAGAAUGAAAAAGAUCAGAAAUUACUUGAAUUGGAAUCCCAAAUGGAGACACAAAGUUGUGAAAUUAAGGAGCUGAGACAGUCACGUGAGAUAGUACUUGAAGACUUGAAAAAACUACAUGUGGAAAACAAUGAAAAACUGCAAGUCCUGAGGGCAGAACUUGAGAGUUUAGAGCAAAGCCACUUGAAAGAACUGGAAAACAAGCUGCAAGCCAGGCAUUUACAGGAGUUUGAGAAGGUGCUAGCUGAGCACAAGGACUGUUUAGAUAAAUUAAAAAAAGAAAACCAGCAUAGACUUGAACAAAUGGAGGAAUCUCAUGCACUAGUUGUGCAAGAGAAACAACAACAAGUAGAAGAGUUACAACUCAAGGUUUCAGAUCUGUCUGAUUUGAGGUGCAAAUUAGAAGUUGAACUUGCCUUGAAAGAGGCAGAAACUGAUGAAAUGAAGCUUCUUUUGGAAGAAAGCAGAAACCAGCAACAAGAGACCUUAAAAUCUCAGAUUGAUAAGGAGACAGAAAGCUUAAAAAAGGAGAUAGAUAAAUUAAACAGUAAAAUACAAGUUAACAGUGAUGAAUAUCAACUGGGGUUAGUGGAACUAAGGACUCUGAUGACAAUGGAGAAAGAUCAGUGCAUUUCUGAGCUAAUAGAUAGAUAUGAAGAAGAAUCAAAUUUGCUUAAAACUGAACUAAGUAAAGUAACAGUUCUUCAUCAAAAAACUUCGGAGGCAGAAAAAAGACUUUCAGAACAAAUAACAGAACUACAAAAAAAGUUAGAGUUGGAAGUGAAUGCCCUAGAAAAGGAAAAAACAGAAAAAUUAUCUCUCUCUGAGCAGCAGGAAAAAUAUGAAGCUAUUAUCCAUAAGCUUAAAGAAGAGAAAGAGCUGUUAGUAUCUAACCAGGAACAAGACAGGCAGUUGCUCAUUCAGAAACUCAAUUGUGAAAAAGAGAAUGCAGUGCAAACUGCUUGUAAAGAGAUUGAAUUACAGAGGGAAGCAGCUGAAAAGGGGCUUCUGGAAAAAAUACAACAGCUUGAGAUGCAAGUAAAACUGAGUCCUCCUGCUGAGUCAUCUGCUGAGUCAAACUUGGUUGCAGAACUUCAAGAGAAACUUCAGGAAGAAAAAAUGAAAUUCUUAGAGCAACUUGAAGAACAAGAGAAACGAAAGAAUGAAGAAAUGCAGAAUAUCAGAACAUCGCUCACUGCAGAACAACAAACCAACUUUAAUACUGUUCUGGCAAGAGAGAAGAUGAAAAAAGAAAACAUAAUUAAUGAUCUUAGUGACAAAUUAAAAGUGCUUACACAACAGCAAGAAAAAGAUAAGGAUUUGAUUGAAACACUUUCUGAAGAUCGAGCUCGCUUACUUGAAGAGAAGAAAAAGCUUGAAGAAGAAGUUAAUAAACUGAGAAGUAGUAAUUUUUCUCCAUCAACCUACUCAGUAGCAGUUUCAGAAGCUUGUGGAGCCUGUGCAGCUGAUAUUCCCACUGACUCAGACAGAUUGGUUUCUGAUAUUGCAACUGAAGGAAGAAUGGACUCCACGAUGGAAACGAGUAUGAUGGCGGUGCAUGAAAAUGUCCACAUGUCUGAAGAAAAGCAGAGGAUAAUGUUGUUAGAAAGAACUUUGCAGUUGAAAGAAGAGGAAAAUAAGAGAUUAAAUCAAAGAUUGAUGUCUCAGAGCAUGUCAUCGGUGUCUUCAAGACAUUCAGAAAAAAUAGCAAUUAGAGAUUUUCAAGUUGGCGAUUUGGUUCUCAUUAUCUUGGACGAAAGGCAUGACAAUUAUGUAUUGUUCACUGUUAGUCCAACCUUAUAUUUCUUGCACUCAGAAUCUCUUACUGCACUGGAUCUCAAACCAGGUGAGUGUGAAGGCUGUGCUGCCAUUCAGCGAGAUCUUGAUCAGCCUGAGAGUUGGGCAGAGAGGAACCUUAUGAAGUUCAACAAGGCUUCAGGUGCAUCUAGGAGACCCUGGGUGCUAGGAAAAGUGAUGGAAAAGGAAUAUUGCCAAGCGAAAAAGGCACAAAACAGAUUUAAAGUUCCUUUGGGUACAAAAUUCUACAGAGUGAAGGCAGUACCAUGGAACAAGAAAGUAUAACACAACAAAAUUUUGGUUCCUUCUGUCUCCGUUGUUUUUUGACUUGUCGUCCUGUGCUCAUUCAUCGCACCAAAUACCAGGCCAUCUUUUUAUACUGAGGUCAUGUGACAAGAUACAGCAUCGAUGUACUGCUUUUACUUUUUAACAGGUCACAUUUUAGAAACGAGAAUUUCAUCGAAAGCAUUGGCCCUAACUGUUCCAAUUUUUUUACCCAGAUAACUUUAGGAGUGUGGACCAAAUGAGUUCAUUUUCUCAAAGGGCAACCACAUGAAACAUGGUUUGUUAUCCAUGUUAAUUGCCUGUUAAAUAUACAUUAGCUUGUAUUUAGAUGUUAAAUGUUAGUUACCAUUAUUACCAGCAUACGUCCUUUUGUGAAAACAUUAUCAAAAGUACUUGCACUCUUUAACAGGUUCUUUAUAUGUGUAAAAUUCAUCAACUAUUUAAAGAGGAGUGUUCAUUGCAUGCAGAUAAUCAUAUAAUUUUUCUUUGACAUGAGUUUGCCUCAGUAGAUGAAUUAAAGUAACUACUGCAACUUGUUUCAGUACAUGAAAAUGCUCUUUAAUGUUAAAAAAACAAACUUGUAAUUUGAUGAACUGAUUUCGAAAAUCAGUCUGUUAGAUCUGCAAUCUUCAAAAGCACUUUCGAUGGAUUGAUCACACAGAUUCUGAAGGGAGGACACCUGUGCUGUUUGUGCAAAGUGAAGCACUCGUUCUUCCCAACAAAACAGAAAUCUUGUAUUAAUCUAUUUAGAAAAAAUCAUAUUGAUGAAAUUGUAUUUCAUGGUUGAGUUUCAGGAAAAAACUCAUUGUACAUUAACCAUACAAGAGUCAUUUAAGUAACAAAUUAUUGUAAUUGUAAAAGACAUGUAGAAUUUUAAAACAAUAAAGAUUUGAAACUGUA